AUGGACAUGAUGGACCCCAAGGUGCACGCCGCGCCGUCUGAGCGGCGUUCCACCGACGAAGGCGACGGCUCACCCUCAGGGCGCACUCUGAACAACGCGGAGCGGUCUGCCGAGGGCGAUUCGAGGCCGGUCAUGGUCACAACUCAGGCGGCCAAGCAACCACCUCUAGGAGCGGUGCCCGAGGGCGUCGCGAGCACGCCUGCGGCGCCGCCGCGCAGCAUCUCCGAGAUGGUGACGUCUGUGUGGCGUGGAAAGGUGUGGGCCGGCUUCAUCAUCCUCACUGCUCUGCUGAGCUUGGUUCUGGACGUCGUCGCGCACAGCGCGCGCAAGGCGGCGGGGAACGACACCUUCGGCAUCGUCGUGGCGUGCGCGCUCGCGGCCGUCUGGAUCUUCGACAGCGGCGUUGGCAUCUAUGUAGGCAGGCGCAACAGGGGCGGGACCGCCCGCGAGCGCACGAAGAUGUUUUUCGCGCCGGGCAGCUCCCUGGCGCUGGGAAUCGAGACGAUCCCGGCGCUGCUCCUCCUCGCGUUCGCGGCCGUGGCGAUCGCGAACAUCGGGGUCAGCCACGCGGAUCCGGGCUCCGACGCCCACCUGUGUCGGUCGCGCGGCAUCGGCGGGCUCAUCUGCGACGGGGAGGCCGUGUUCGAAAAGGACCUGGGCCCGCAACUGCUCAGCAGCGUGCGCUGGUUCCACGCCAUGUCCCUCGCCGUGCUCGUGCUGCCCAGCAUGAAGAUCCCCAGCGUCCUGGCGCGAGUGUGGGUGCGGGGCAUGGACGAGGCUGGCAACUACAAGGGCAUGCGCAAGGCGCUCCUGACCCGCAUGUACCAGGCGUCCCUGCUGCUGCUGCUCUGGGCAGUCUCCCUGAUGCAGAUCGUCGCGCAGCUGUACCUGGCGCGCCCGCAGGACAGGCACGUCCAGUACGCCAUCCAGGCGGCGCAAACGUGCCUCAACGUGCGACAGACGUUCAACAUCGACUCCGCGACCUGCGCGCGGAUCGCCACCGACAUCGUGCGCGCCGCGCAGCUGUCCUCGUCCCUCGACAUCAUCUCGCCGAUCGAGGUGGUUGCCAUCACCGCCAACGGCGCUACGGUGGUCGUCGACCAGGACGCCCUCCCGGAGGCAGCUCUGCGCGGGACGCUCGGCGCGGUGCGCGUGUCGGAUGACGUGAUCACGGCGCACCUCGACGCCAACACCUUCUUCGGCGGCACGGAGCUGUUCAACAUGGCGCUCAAGCUCGUGGUGCUGGGCAUGUGCCUGGCGAUCGUCAUGGCGUCCACGUGGCUCUUCCACACGCAGCUGCUGCGGCCCGUCGUGCGCCUGGUCGACGGCGUGGCGGCGGCGGCGUCGUACAUCGACGACGACGGCUACGUCGUGUCGCAGGCCACGCGCGAGGACGACGAUCUGACGUCGGUCGUCAAGCGCGUGCUGGUGCUCGUGGACGGCCUGGUCGAGGUCGCGAAGAACUCGGACCGCGCCGACGCCAACGUCAAGUCGAUCCUAUCGACGGCGCGGCGCGCUGGCCGCGAGCGGGACUUCGUGCAGUGGGCGCGCACGUACGGCGGUGUCGCCGAGAGGUUCGUCGGGGACGGCGAAGCGCGCACCUCGUUCUUAGGCAAGGCCGUCACGCCCGCGAACUCCAACGGCGUCAGGUUGUCGCACGGCAGGGCGCCGACGCACACCAUUCUGCCCGGAAGCGCGGCUGGUGUUGUUCGGGCGCCCAUGGCGCUCCCGCCCGUCCAGGAGUUCGAGGCCCUCGGUACGUUCGACUUCGACGUCCUCUCGCUGCCCACUGACCGCCUCGCCGGCGCGCUGGCGUCGCUGUUCCGGCUGGCGAGCAUCCCCCCGAGCGCCGUGCCGGACGACAAACUCCAGGUCUUCUGCGACCUGAUCGUGGCGAACUACCUCGACAACCCCUACCACUCUGCGUGGCACGCCAUUGACGUGUGCAACUCGGUCGUGACCCUGCUGACCUCGUCGCGGUCCCUGUCGACCCUCGGUCUCGAACAUCGUCUGGUGCUGCUCGUGGCCGCGGCGGGGCACGACCUCGCGCACCGCGGCGUGUCGAACAAGUUCCUGGUCGACAGCCGCGACUCCCUGGCGCUCAUCUACAACGAGCAGGCUGUGCAGGAGCAGAUGCACGCCUCGAUGCUCUUCACGCUGCUGCUCGAGCACCCCGAGGCGGACGUGCUGGCCAACAUGAGCUCGAGCUCGGUCAAGAACAUCCGCCGCAUGGUCAUCCAGGUGAUCCUGCACACCGACAUGGCCCAGCACUUCGAGGUCAUCGCGAAGCUGGACAAGCUGCUGCAGCAGCACCCCGACGGCCUCGAGAAGCACGGCGGCACGUUCGACGAACUCACGGGCCUGGGAUCAGACCGCAUCCAGGACCUCCUGAACGCCAUCAUGCACUUCGCCGACGUGGGGUCGACGCUGAAGCCCUGGCCGCUGGCGCACGCCUGGGGGCGCCGCGUGCUGCAGGAGUUCUUCAUGCAGGGCGACGCCGAGCGGGAGCUGGGCCGCACGCCGCUCCCGAUGAUGGACCGCGACUCCGCCAUCGCCGAGGACGUGCAGCUCGGCUUCAUCGAGAUCUUCAUCCAGCCCUUCUCGGAGAAGGUUGCAAACCUCUUCCCGGACCUCGCGUGGGUGUGCGUCAACGCGGCGACCAACGUGCUGCGCUGGUCCGAGCUGCUCGCCGAAGUCCACAACGAGCGGGGCGACGUCGUUGCGGCGAACCAGGCAGUCCAGCGCGGCCGCGAAGGGAGCGCCCACCUAACGGACGUUGCUAGGCGGCUGAACCCCUCGCAAGGACACUGGAGCGACGAGGGCACGACCAUCGGAAAAGGACAGCGGCGGUGCACUGAAAUGGGCGGGGCUUUGCGUGGCGACACUGUCGACUCAGGUUCGAGUGGCAGCAAGCGCCAGUCCGAAAGCAUGAUCGGUGGGCCCCCGAGUGCACUCCUGCCAGUCGGUGCUCGCGCACGGAACUCCACGUGGCUGAACAAGGCGUCGUCUGCCAUCGGGUUAUCCCCAGGGAACGCGGUCCCUGCACUGGACAGAAACGGCACCUGCCCGCGGUAG